CAUGGUGUGCCCAGAGCGGAAGCAGGGGAGGCGUUAACGCUGAGACGUCAAAGUUCAACUUCCUCCUGGUCUUCUCUCCCCAAUAUUAAUCCGUCUCCGAGUGACCUCUGGAUCUCCUGCCUCACAGAGUCCAGCAAUGGCGGAGGAAGACUCGAGCAGGCGAUGGCACGGGGAAGGCGAGCAGAGGAGGCAGGGUGGCUUCAAGACCAUGCCCUUCAUCUUAGCCAACGAUUUCUGCGACCGGUUCGCGACAGUCGGGUUCAACGCCAACCUGAUCACGUACCUGACGCAGCAGCUGCGCCUGCCGCUCGUCGAGGCCUCCAACACGCUCACCAACUUCCAUGGCCUCUCCAACCUCACCCCGCUCAUCGGCGGCCUCAUCGCCGACUCCUUCGCCGGCCGCUUCUGGACCAUCGCGGCGGGGUCGGCCAUCUACCAGCUCGGCAUGCUCAGCCUGACCGUCUCCGCGCUGCUCCCGUCGCUCCGCCCGCCGCCCUGCGCGGCCGCGGCCGGGGCGGCGGACCGGGCCUGCGCCCGCGCGUCCGCCUGGACGCUGCUUGUCCUCCGCCUGUCGCUGCUCUGCACAUCCGUCGGCACGGGCGGCCCGCGGCCGUGCGUCAUGGCGUUCGGCGCAGACCAGCUUGAGCUCGACAGGCCGUGCCACGGCGAGGCCGGCGCGAGGCAGCAGCGGUGGAGCUUCUUCAACCUCUACUUCUUCGGCGUCGAGCUCGCCAAGCUGAUCGCCAUCACCCUGGUGGUGUACAUCCAGGAGAACGUGGGGUGGGGGUGGGGAUUCGGCGUCCCGACCAUCGCCAUGCUCGUCGCGGUCACCGCGUUCGUGUCGGGCUACCCUCUGUACGUCAAGAUGGCUCCCGGGGGCAGCCCGUUGGCACGGCUGGCCCAGGUCGCCGUCGCCGCGUUCCGGAAGAGAAAGGUGGCCGUGCCGAGCGACCCCGGACACCUUUACCAAGACAAGGAGCUCGACGCCGGCAUCUCCACUGCCGGCCGCCUGCUGCACACGAACCAACUCACCUUUUUCGACCGUGCUGCCACCGUGACGCACGGCGACUUCAGCAGCAGCGGCGCCCCGCGGCCAUGGCGGCUGUCCACGGUGCACCGUGUGGAGGAGCUCAAGUCGAUCGUCCGCAUGCUGCCCAUCUGGGGCGCCGGGAUCCUCCUGGUCACCUCGGCGUCCCACAACCACAGCUUCGCCAUCCAGCAAGCGCGCACCAUGGACCGGCGCGUCACGCCGCGCCUCGAGAUCCCACCGGCCUCCAUGCUCAUCUUCUCGAACCUCGCCAUGCUGGGCACCCUCGCGCUCUACGACCGGGUGCUGGUGCCCAGGCUGCGGCGCCUCACGGGGCGGCCCGCGGGCAUCACGCACCUCCAGCGCACGGGCAUCGGCCUCGCCAUCAGCACGCUGAGCAACGCCGUGUCGGCAGUCGUGGAGGUGAGGAGGAAGCGGGCGGCGGCGAGGCACGGCCUCCUUGACAGCCCCGGUGCCACGGUGCCGAUGAGCGUGCUCUGGAUGGCGCCGCAGUACGCCAUCCACGGGGUGGCCGACGCGUUCAUGGACGUCGGACGCAUGGAGUUCCUGUACGACCAGGCACCCGAGAGCAUGAGGAGCUCCGCUGCGGCGCUCUACUGGCUGACCAUGUCGGCCGGGAGCUACAUGGGCACGCUGCUCGUGACGACGGUGCACGAGAGGACCAAAGGGGAAGGGCAAUGGCUUCAGGACAACCUCAACAGAGGGAAGCUGGAUCGAUACUACUGGCUGGUUGUGACCCUGCAGGUGGUAAAUUUGGUGUAUUUCGUCAUCUGUGCAAAGCUGUACACCUACAAGAAGUUGGAAAUAGUAGACCAGGAGAGCACAGACGACACACAUGAGAAGCAUUUGGAGCUUCCACCGCUGAAAGAAAGCGAUGAAAAAGACGUCGAGCUUCGGCCUCUGCUAUCAGCUGAUCUAUGAGAUUUUGCUGCCUUUCUUCAGUCUUCACUGAAUGAGAUCUUAUAGAAGAUUCAACGAA